AUGACGAAUAAGGCCGUCUUGGGUGCUCUCUCAGCGGUCCUUGUGGCGGCCGUGAUAGGGGCGGCGAGUGACGAUUCCCUUGUCGCCUCCUCCAAGUCCGUGACGGACAUCUGCGCCUCCACUGACUACGCUGAUGUGUGCGAACGGACCCUCAAUGCUGCCAUCAAUGGCUCUGCCUCUCCCAAGGAGAUCAUCCAAGCUUCCUUCAUGGCAGCCAUCAGAGAAAUCGAAGCUGCCUCCCACCUGUCCAACAACGUGAGUUUGAAAGCCACUGACUCGAUGAACAAGGAUGGGUUCGACAUUUGUCGUCGACUCUUCGAGGAUGCCACUGAGGAGCUACAAGCUGCCUUCUCGGAGACUCAUGACCUUGACGGUUUGGCGAGAAGGACCGAUGACAUCAAGUGCUGGCUUUCAGCCGUCAUCUCCUACCAGCAGACCUGCCUCGAUGGCAUCACUCAAACCGACCUGCACUCGACCAUGAAGGACGGCCUUGUCACGGCCUCUCAGGUCACCAGCAAUGCCAUUGCCAUCGUCGAUGGGCUCAGUUCAUUAUUCAAGAACUUCCAAGUCCCCAUCAACGUGACCAAUAUCGCCAGCCGCCGGCUACUGUCUCAGGGGAGCGAUGCCAAGGGUUAUCCCACGUGGUUGAAGAUCCCCAGCUACCUUGGUCGGCCUUGGAAGGCAUACUCGAGGACCAUCAUCAUGGAUUCCACCAUCGGCGACUUGAUCAAACCGGAGGGAUGGUUGCCAUGGGAUGGCGACCAGUUUUUGAAGACACUGUUCUAUGCCGAAUAUGGCAACCGUGGGCCCGGUGCCGUGACCAGCGGCAGGAUGAGGAUGAAGGGGAUAGAGGCGAAAGGCCAAGUGGUAGUCGGCAUCACCUCCAGGGGUGAAGUCAUUAAGCUCGAGGACAUGGUGCUCUGGGGAGGCAUAGCCAUCGUUCUCGAUGGUGUUGCCAUUGUGAGCAUUGCCGACGCACUUGAUGAGCUAAUCGAGGGUGAUGUACUUUCCAUCGUCUUGAUUGAUGUUAGCUCGGGGCUAUGGUGGCCGAGUAGGCUAUCAUGGUCAAUAUCGUCUAUCUCUACCAUCGAGAAGGAUCGUUGGUCAAACUAG